CAGACUUUGGCGAUUGCUUCUGCCUGGGCAGUGAGCCCGGAGCUGCAGGCUCUCCUGGAUCGACUGCUUCGGCUUGGCCCGUCCCUGAACGCGGGAAACAAGAGUUUUUCCCAGCCGGCCAGGGGUUGUCGCGAUCUCCAUGAUCUUAACAAUGCUGAGCAGCUUCCUCCUUUCACACCCCUGACUACUUAAGGCCUCCCGAGUCACGCGAGUGGAAGCGGAGAAGCCGAAACCGGCGCCAUGUCGGAGGCUUAUUUCCCGGUGGAGUCGGGUGCGCUGGGGCCUGAGGAGAACUUUCUUUCCCUGGACGACAUCCUCAUGUCCCACGAGAAACUCCCGGUGCGCACGGAAACCUCCUUGCCUCGUCUCGGUGCCUUCUUGGAGCGGAGCGGAGGACCCGAGACUCACAACGCAAUCCCUCAGGGCUCAAAGCUGGAAAUCCCCUUGUGGCUGGCAAAAGGACUUUUUGACAACAAGCGACGGAUCCUUUCUGUGGAACUUCCCAGGAUCUAUCAAGAGGGUUGGAGGACGGUGUUCAGUGCAGAUGCCAAUGUGGUGGAUCUCCAUAAAAUGGGGCCACAUUUCUAUGGUUUUGGCUCCCAACUCCUGCAUUUUGAUAGUCCAGAGAAUGCAGAUAUUUCCCAGUCUCUCCUGCAGACAUUUAUUGGACGUUUUCGCCGCAUUAUGGACUCCUCUCAGAAUGCCUACAAUGAAGACACUUCAGCACUGGUUGCUAGGCUAGAUGAGAUGGAAAGAGGCUUAUUUCAAAUAGGCCAGAAAGGACUAAAUGACUUUCAAUGUUGGGAGAAAGGACAGGCUUCUCAGAUCACAGCUUCCAACCUUGUUCAGAAUUAUAAGAAGAGAAAAUUCACCAACAUGGAAGACUGAAGACCAGAAGAACACAGACUUGCUCCUUGUAGAUUCAUCCCUCUGUGUGCUCUUGGCAAGAGCCUGGUUGAUCUUGUGAAGGGCCAGAAUCUUGUUCCAUUUCAUGGCUUUCUUCUGCAACAGUCUCUGAAAUGGCACCAUCUGGUUGGGAAAAGACUUGGGAAAAGACAUGCUGGAGAUGUCCCUGGCCCCAUGAGUCUUCCCAGAGUCUCCACCCUGCUGUCCCGCAGUCCAGGCCCACUUAAUCCAAGAACCCACAGCCAAGGAGAAUAAAGUCCUUCCUAAAUAAGGAUCAUUAAUGUAUACAACUGCUUACCAUUGCAGUUAGGUUGGAACUGGAAUUCCUUGUGUCUGGGAAUUUGGACAGUCUCAGGUGUCCAGUUUCACUAGCUCCAAAGGGCAGGUACAAGUUGGACUAUCUUAGCCUGUUCACAAAAUGUCCUCUUGAGCUUAUUUGUCUCAUCUUCCUUGUGGUUGUACAAAGGACCAUACCCCUUUGUACAACCGGCCUUACUUGUAUAUAUCUCUUGCCACCUGCCUGUGGGGAGUUAUGCCAGUUUCCAAAAACAGUCAUCAAAAAUGAGGGAGGAAAGGGAAAGGCAGAUAAAUGACAUGGAUUUUACUAAAGAGAAGAUGUUGCUUUCAUAUUCUGUAAUCAGGGUUUUCUGAACUGGCAUAUACGUAACUCUACAGUCAGCCUAGAAAGGAAGUGGUUAAACUGAGCCUGUUUUUGUCUCUGAGAUUUCUAUUGCACCCUCACAGUUACUCCAUUCCCUCUAGAAAAGCUGUCAGGGAAUCAUUUGGAAUUGCAAAGUAGUUGUUAAAAAGUGUUCGCCAGCCUUUGUUGCAUCUGGAAAUCAGGGCUUUAGGAUUGCUGGUUAUGAAGAGCCCUUUUUGAGAAGUUUAACAUGGGAAAUUUAAGUGGGCACAAGACCUUGAUUAUGUAUUUUGUGUUUUUCUUUUCAGUAAAUUUUGCAACAUUAUUGCAUCGAGGAGCCUGGCCAUUUACUUGGAAUUUGUCUAAGCAGGCACAAAACCUUCCCCUUGCUGAUUGAGAAGGCAACCUGGGCUGAGUAGGGAACAGCUUUCCCUGGGACCCAUUAGACUGUUUGAAGGACAGUUUUCCCCACCCCACUGCUCCCCCUCCAACGCCCCACCACAAGUGAGAAAUGUCUUUGUCAGUGGAAAUUAUAGAGGAAUUUGGGUAUUAAGGUUGUGUGGAUGUCUUGAUGUGAGCUUAGAAUGACAAAUGCUUUUAAAAUGCCUGCUUUAAGAUGGAAUUAAUGUUUUUAUAAUUUGAUUUUAGUGCUAAAUAAAUGAUCUGCUUUGCUCAUGCAUACAUUCU